GAGGGCUUGCAGUAAUUUGGAAUCUUAUGACAUUAUUGGUGGAAGGACCACAGAAUCUGUUCAACUCAAGUAAACUACAAAACCUGGAAGAGCAGCUUAAAGCGACGCAUUCCAUUGAAGAUAGACUAAAUGCUUUUCCGGAGCCAAAGGAUCUAGUCUUAUGGGGCGAUUUACAGAAACUUUUGGAUAAAGAGUUGGAGCUUGAAGAGAAAAUUAGAUUACUUGAACUUCCAACAGGAGUGACAUUUGAGCAUACUGGAAUGGAACUUGGUGACCAACAAUUUCAAGUGGAAGAUUAUGGGGCCCAACUUGGUGUCGCAUCUAGUCUGCAUGACCUGGUGAAGGCAGCUUCUGGUCAUUACACUCUAAAAGACAAAGUAGUGGAUCUGGAAAAAGAACUCCGUGAACGAUUGGCAGUACUAGAUAAAAAAGGAAUUCCUGAUGAUUUGUUGGAGCGACUGAAUUUAUUAGAAAGUGGAUUACAACAAUUGCACAAUGAAGUCAAUAAGGACAAAGAAUUGUUGACAAGCGUCAAGAAAAAUCUAGAAGAAAUACAAGAAGAUUUAGACAACAGACUUUCGUCAAUCCAAAGUGAUCAUGAUGAACUCCAGGACGUUCAAGAGAAGAUUGAGAUUCUUGAGGAAAAGAAAGCUGACAAAGAAGCGCUUGAAAUGGAGAUCAAUGUAAAAGCGGACAAGAAAGCCUUGGAAGCCAAAGUCAGUAGGGCACUACUCGAUGCAACAGCACAGCAAUUAAAUGCAAUGAUGCAGGAGCUGUUGAAUAAAGUGUGUGCCCAAGAGAAAGACUGGCAGAAGGUCUUAGAGAAACUGCUUUGUGAUAUGGACUGCAAGUUGGAUCGAAUGGAGCUGGAUCCACUAAAGAAACAGUUGGAAGAGAGAUGGAGACAGCUCAAAAAGCAGCUGAAGAGUGGGCCAGGUUUUGAGGCAGAUUCAGCAGCUGGAUUUAGGAAACAGUUGCUUGAGCGAUUUAAGUGCAUUUCUUGUGCCAAAUCUACAAGGAUGCUGCCUGGACCGCAUCUCAUUACCGUUGCUGCCUCAGCUUUGCAUCCCAGAGUUCGACCCACAACUGCACCUGAAUUAGACUCUGUGAAAGGACAAAGAGGUAUGUACGGUGAAUACUAUGACCACCUGACCAGGAAUUCCUCUCGCCCCUGUGGUGGCAGUCAUACUGUCACGGGUCCCAUUAGCAGACGCAACAACAGGAAUCUGAAUCUUCAAACAGUGUAUCAGUACGGAGAUCCCAGUGGAGGAUUCAGGAGGGAAGAGGUUGAGAUUCAGGGGAUUGAUGGCAUCAUGUACAAAGGAAGGCUUGAUCCCAAGCUUCCAAUGAUGUAUCAAUCUCAAGAAACCGAGGCACCUGCAGUGGAGAAAAAAGCAAGUGGAACAAAUGUGCCAAGUUCGCAACCUGAAAAUGGUCCUCCCACUUCUAUGACUCCAAGAUGUAUUUACUGCCAUCAGACUUCGAGUUCGCCUCGUACUGGUGAAUUGUGUAAUUCAACCCAGAAGCAAGACAUUGGGAUGUGUCGAUGUUCAGGUACCGGAUCUCGUGAUUUUUCAGCAACUCCAGCUGCACCUCGUGAUGUAUGUGCUACACUCGGGGCACCAGAAGCUUCAAGUGUUUGUCGAUGCCCAGGAGUUACGGCAUCCCCUGCACCACUUAAUGGGACUUCAGGACAGGAUCCUGCAGCCUCGGACAGGGCAACACAAGAGCGAUGUGCAGGACGAGGUCCUGUGAAGGUAUUCUGCCCUCAAAAUGGGAAUGUAGAUUGUCCUCGUCCGUCCACAGCUGGCUGCAUCUGUCCUGAGCGGGCUGCGACUGAUACCCAAAAUGGAGAGCCGCCAAAUUCCUCUCAACCCCCUCCGUCGUAAGAGAGAGACUGUCCGGAUAGAAUCACUGCAUUGGGUGUUCCCUGAGAUUACGUAAAGAAAUUAAUUUUAAAAUCGAGAUUUCGCUCUGAUUUGAUCAGUGAGAGACAGACAGAAGAAAAUGAAAAUUAUUUUAGCCUCUUUAACCUUUGCACACUACAAUUUGCGUCCAGAAGAACGCUUUCAUCAUGCAACCCUUUACGUUGAUCAGUCUUCUAAUCACCCGUUUCAAUUAAUCGUAGCAAUCAUAAAUCAAUGUAAAACUGACUAAACAUUAAUUAAUAAAAAUCUAGACAGUAGAAAGAGAGAAAUAUGACUCGUGGUCUUUGCU